CCAUUUAUUUAACACUGGUCCAUCUGCAGGCGGAAUCCGCACACAUUUGUAUUUGGAUUUGUUUUUGGGCCGCAGCCGCUUAAUCUUCUCUCUCUCAAAGUAAAUAGAACAGAAUCUGAUAUGGCUGCUGCAAGUGGGGAGCUGUCCAAGAAUGAGCUGAAACGCCGCCUGAAAGCCGAACAGAAGGCCAAAGAGAAGGCUGAAAAGGAGGCCACCAGAGCAGCAGAGGCCCCUGCCGCAGAUAAGAAGAAGCAAUCCUCUGCUGCUGCCGAAGAGGAGAUCUCACCCAAUGAGUAUUUCAAGUUGCGUUCAGCUGCUGUGCAUGAAUUGAAGCAAUCUGCAGCAUCCGAUCCCUAUCCACACAAAUUCCAUGUGAGCGUUUCCUUGGAGAAUUUCAUAGCCCAAUAUUCGGAACUAAAAGACGGCGAAACAUUGGAGAAUGUUAAUGUCAGUGUAGCCGGACGUGUCCAUGCCAUACGAGAAUCGGGUGCUAAAUUAAUAUUCUACGAUUUGCGCGGUGAGGGAGUCAAACUGCAGGUAAUGGCCAGCGCCAAGUCCUACAAGAGUGAAGAGGCCUUUGUCUCGGAUACCGAUAAGCUGAGACGUGGCGAUAUUAUCGGUGUUCAGGGACAUCCUGGCAAAACCAAGAAGGGUGAAUUGUCCAUAAUGCCAACGGAGAUUAAGCUCCUGUCGCCAUGUCUGCAUAUGCUGCCACAUUUGCAUUUCGGUCUCAAGGACAAGGAGACCCGCUUUCGUCAACGUUAUUUGGAUCUGAUUCUCAAUAAUAAAGUGCGCGAGACUUUCCAAAUAAGAGCCAAGAUCAUUUCGUAUGUGCGACAAUUUCUGGAUCGGUUGGGCUUCCUAGAAAUAGAAACACCCAUGAUGAACAUGAUUGCCGGCGGUGCCACAGCUAAACCAUUUAUUACCCAUCACAAUGAUUUGAAAAUGGAUCUAUUUAUGCGUAUUGCCCCUGAAUUAUAUCACAAGAUGUUGGUUGUUGGUGGCUUGGAUCGUGUUUACGAAAUUGGUAGACAAUUCCGUAAUGAGGGCAUCGAUCUUACCCACAAUCCGGAGUUUACCACUUGUGAAUUCUAUAUGGCCUAUGCCGAUUACGCCGAUGUCAUGGAUAUUACCGAACAGAUGGUAUCCGGUAUGGUGAAGGCCAUUCGUGGAUCAUAUAAGGUCACAUACCAUCCGGAUGGUCCCGAUGGUCCAGCACUUGAAUUGGAUUUCACACCGCCUUUCAAGCGUGUCUCCAUGAUCAAAACGCUUGAAGAGAAACUGCAGGUCAAAUUCCCAUCAGCGGAUACGUUCAAUACACCCGAGACGAAUCAGUUCCUGUCCCAGCAAUGUAUCAAACAUCAGGUGGAGUGUCCAGCACCUAGGACAACGGCACGUCUGCUCGACAAACUGGUGGGUGAAUUUAUCGAAGAGUUCUGCAUUAAUCCAACAUUUAUUUGCGAGCAUCCGCAAAUUAUGUCACCGCUGGCCAAAUAUCAUCGCAGUACACCAGGUCUGACCGAACGCUUUGAAUUGUUUGUGGCCAAGAAAGAGAUCUGCAAUGCCUAUACCGAGUUAAACGAUCCUGUCGUCCAGAGGGAACGCUUCGAACAACAGGCCAAUGAUAAGGCAGCUGGCGACGAUGAAGCCCAAAUGGUCGAUGAGAAUUUCUGUACUGCUCUGGAGUAUGGUUUGCCACCAACUGGUGGCUUUGGCAUGGGCAUCGAUAGAUUGACCAUGUUCCUCACCGACUCCAAUAAUAUUAAGGAAGUUCUUCUUUUCCCUGCCAUGAAGCCAGAGGAACAGAAUCGUACAGCAGCGGCGGAGACCACUGAUCAGGAACAACAACAACAGUGAGAAGGACUUCUUCUAAAAAAAAUGCUUUCAAUAAUAACGACAACAACAACUUAAAGAAGAAUUAAAUUAUUCAUUGAAUAAAUGUCACAUUUUGUUUAAUACAA